AUGCAUGCUGCAUAUAUUUUCUUACUACUACUUGUGGUAACACAUGGAAUACAAGCAACUCUUUACACCGUAACCAACACCGCACGGUGGUUGUUUCAAGAGUACAACCAAGUCGAUAGAAAACUCGUACAGAACGUGAGUUUAUUCGUAGACCCUGAAGACAAAGGUGUAGUUGCAUAUACAACUAAACUCACCCAUGAAAUUCACGUGAGUGCGAGCUAUAUAAGUAACUAUAGCGGUGAUGUGAGAAAAGAGAUUACAGGGGUGUUGUAUCAUGAAAUGACUCACGUUAGGCAGUGGCAUGGAUCGCAUGGUGAAGCUCCAACUAGAUUAACGGAAGGUAUAGCUGAUUAUGUGAGGCUGAAAGCAAAUUUGGGAAGUGGUUAUUGGGUUAAAGCAGGGGAAGGAGAUAUAUGGGAUGAAGGUUAUGAUGUUACUGCUUGGUUUUUGGAUUAUUGUGAUGGUUUGAGAAAUGGGUUUGUGGCAGAAUAA